AUGAGCAGCCGGUCGAGUAGAACAGUGUACGUUGGAAACCUUCCUGGCGAUAUCCGCGAGAGAGAGGUUGAAGAUUUGUUCAGUAAGUAUGGACCUGUGGUUCAAAUCGAUCUGAAGGUCCCGCCAAGGCCUCCUGGCUACGCAUUCGUUGAGUUCGAUGAUGCUCGUGAUGCUGAAGAUGCAAUUCACGGUCGGGAUGGUUAUGACUUUGAUGGCCAUCGCUUAAGGGUUGAAUUAGCGCAUGGUGGGAGACGUUCAACAGAUGAUACUCGGGGUAGUUUCAAUGGUGGCGGCCGUGGUGGUGGUGGUCGUGGGGGUGAUGGUCGUGGUGGUGGCGGUGGCGGAGGUGAUGGUGGUAGUCGUGGACGCGGGCCGUCUAGGAGAUCCGAGUUUCGUGUUCUGGUGACAGGCUUGCCUUCAUCUGCUUCUUGGCAAGAUCUCAAGGAUCACAUGCGUAAAGGAGGAGACGUAUGUUUCUCACAAGUGUACCGUGACGGUAGAGGUACAACUGGAGUUGUGGAUUACACCUGCUAUGAGGACAUGAAGUAUGCGGUGAAGAAGCUUGAUGACACUGAGUUUCGCAACGCGUUUUCUCAUGGAUAUGUUCGGGUUAGAGAAUAUGAUUCAAGGAAGGAUUCUAGGAGCCCUAGCCGGGGAAGAUCCCACUCUAGGAGUCGUAGCCGCAGCCGUGGGAGGAGCCUGAGCCGAAGCAGGAGUAGAAGCAGGAGUCCAAAGGCCAAGUCCUCGCGUAGGUCGCCUGGAAAAUCUACAUCAAGGUCUCCUGGCUCUCGCUCCAAGUCAAGGUCGCUGUCUCCAAGAAGGUCUCGUUCAAGAUCAAGAUCUCCUCUACCUCCUCUUCAGAAGGAAGGAAGCAAGAGCCCGAGCAAACCGGCAAGCCCAGCCAAGAGCCCUAUCCGCAGCAGGAGCAGGAGUCCAAUACCGUAA